GCGGAAGUGGAGGCGGUCAGGAGUCAGGACAUGCCGGAAACACAGCGCUGCAAUACGGACAUGAUCUGGAGGAGAGCCGCUUCCUGCAGCUGCUAACACCCCGACACACACAAACACACACACACAUUCGUGGGAAACAUGGGGCUCUCUCAGAGCGUCGAGAUCCCAGGAGGAGGAACCGAAGGCUACCACGUCCUCAGAGUGCAGGAGAAUUCCCCUGGUCGGCAAGCAGGCCUGGAGCCAUUCUUUGAUUUCAUCCUUUCCAUUUGUGAGACGAGGCUGAGCAGAGACAACGACACCCUGAAGGAGCUGCUGAAGGUGAACGUGGAGAGGCCCAUCAAGAUGCUGUUGUACAGCAGCAAGUCCAUGGCAGUGAGGGAGACGACCGUCACACCCAGCAACAUGUGGGGAGGACAGGGGCUGCUGGGCGUCAGCAUUCGCUUCUGCAGCUUCGAAGGAGCCAAUGAAAACAUCUGGCACGUUUUGGAAGUAGAGGCCAACUCACCUGCGGCCCUGGCUGGUUUGAAGGCCCACGCUGACUACAUCAUAGGAGCCGACACCGUGAUGAGCGAGAGCGAGGACCUGUUCUCCCUCAUUGAAACCCACGAAGGGAAGGAGCUGAAGUUGUACGUCUACAACACGGACACAGACAACUGCCGGGAGGUCAUCAUCAGGCCCAAUGGUGGAUGGGGCGGAGAGGGCAGUCUAGGUUGUGGGAUUGGUUAUGGCUACCUGCACCGGAUACCUACCCUCCCAUUCGUAGAGGGCAAGAAGUUCAGUUUCCCUGCAGCGACUCCUGAGGAAUGUCCUUCACCUAAAGAUGGCUUCACAGAGGUCCAUCUCUCUGCCGUCGUUCCAACCAUUCCAGUCGCUGUGUCAUCGUCUUCUGCAUCGAGUGGAUUAGAGCUGUCUCUCGCCGGCCUGUCGGUCAACUCAUAUCCGACCACCGACUCUCUACCGACAGAAGACCCGACAGUUCCACUGCUGAGCCAAGCCCCCCCCUCACAAAGCAUUCCUCUGUCGGUCAAUCCUGCUCUGACAAUACCAGGUUUAAUGCACUUACCUGGAGGUCUUCCACCAUUUCCGAAUUUGCCAAACCUCAAUAUGUCUUUGUCAGACAUUGGCCAAUCGUUGCCUCCUGGAUUUGGAUUACAACAUCCAGGUCUCCCACCAUUUCCUCCACUAAACCUUCCCGGUGUGGGUCCUGGUUUCACUCUGCCUCCGUCUGACUUUGUUCUUCCCCCCAUCCCAGCGAACACAUUUGCUGCUGCUACACAAUACACAUCCUCUCCGUCUUCCACCUUCCAGAUGAGCAGUUCACUGACCAGAACGCCAGUCUCUUCAUCAGCAACCACUUCUGAAUCAAUAAAUAUCCCAAUGUCUUCAGACUCCUCUUAGCAGAGAGCUCCGUUUGAGGAUGUCAGUUCACUCUCAAGCCUUUACAACACACAGUCUAUUAGCUGCACUACUCUGUUGACAAGCUGCUCCUACACACUGUUGAAGAUUGUGUGAGAACUCCACUUUCUCAGACACUAGAAUUACUCCGAUGUCAUUCGGUUUCCACACAUGCAGCCAAACGGCCAGAUAUCCUACGAAAAGGUUGUCUAAAGAAAAAAGUAGUCCCAUCUAGUAGGUUUGACAGUGAGAUAGAGGGACAUGAAUGUUUCAAACUCCUCUGCAGAGUAAAUAAAUCUGUUGCAGGACAACUUAAAAAGUAGACCACAAGUCUUUUGUAAUAUGUUAACAAACUUGAUGUGGUUUACGGGUUCCUUUCUAAUGUGCAACUCGGUUUCUUCGCAUCUUUUCUUUAGGGGUGAAACUACUGAUCUCCAUGACUACAUGAUGGGGAUUUCCAGUUUUGCAAGCAGGUUUGCUUGCUGUUGCCGCCAUGAAAUAUUUAACUGUUUUGAUUUUGUACAAAAAAAAGUAUCCGUUUGAUUAAACUGAUGUAUUUUCUCUAUCUCA